AUGAGCUCCACGAACGAGGGGAAUGAUGAAGGCGCCCGCGAGGAUGAGCUUGAUCUCGGCCAGCAAGACGACGACCUUCCUACCCAUGUCAAUGGGCAGUCCGAGGACGCGGAUGCGGACAAACUAGAGAACGAAGACGCGGAUGAGCAAAAAUCGGUGGAUGAUUUGCCCUCAGUGAAUGUGGAUAAUCAGAACUAUGAUAAUCAAGAUGAAGAAGGUACUCCUCAUCUUCUACCACAGGCACCAGCGAGCGCCGACGAGCUCUCGUCCAUACCGGACGAUACACCAUCUUUGCAUGGAUCUCUUCAGUCAUCACCGAGUAGUAGCGCCCUAGCCUUUCGAGCCUCUGCCAGAUCGAGUCCCGGCCCCGCGCACCGUCCAUUCGACCUACGCUUUCAAUCGAGACUAUCCUCGUCAUCAUUCAGUAGUCCACGCCCAUCAUCUCCAUUUGUAUUACAUACACAUUCUCGCAAUUCGUCGUUUGCCAGUCAACCCCCGCUUUCCAGCACUCCCGACCUUGAGCCUGACACACCCCAAACUCCCUGGGAGGUUGUACGAUGGACAAAACUGCGCAAGAUUGCAGCGCAAUCAUUUUCGGAAAUAGGUCGACGGAAUUUUGGACGGCCAACUUGUAUAUGUGUGUCGACUGCUAUCGUAUUGGGGACGUCCAAAGGCAUUGUUCUUGUUUUUGACUAUCAGCAAAAUCUGAAGACUAUCAUUGGUCCUGGAACAAAGGCUGUCGAAGCUGGUGCUAUUACCUCCUUGGCGAUCUCGGCGGAUCAUACAACUGUCGCAGUAGGACACGCAGAAGGUGAAAUAUUCACAUGGGAAAUUUCGAGGGCUUCGCGGCCAUUUCUUCAUAUCCCGCCGGUACCGAUGGCUCAACAUGUCCAUGGGGGUGCUCCUGAUGGUCACGUAGCCGGUGUUGCUGUCGUUCAUAUCGGUUUCUUAGGCACCAGACGAACCGCCUUGGUCUCUGCCGAUGAUCGCGGCAUGGCGUUUUCGCAUUUGGCAACGCGAGGUAUGGGUGCAGUUGCGAGGACGGUCAAGACAACUAGAAUCUUGGGACGAUACCCAGAACCUCCUUCAGAGGAAGUCAAGCCAAGAAAACCCAGUUCUGUUUUGGCUUUUUCACCUCUGCCUCUAGGCAACGUUGACCAGUCAACGGAUGGACUUGGCUUGGUCGCAAUGCUUACUCCAUAUCUGUUUGUUAUCGUUUCGACCACUCCCGUAGCACAUACUCAGUUCAAAGCGCCACGGCCGAAGGAGGUAGGGUCUCACUGCGUUAUGAGUGCUGCAUUAGCAUGGUUCCCUGCAAUCAGAUUAAAAGGGAAAGAGGAGGUAUCGAAUACAAAACUCGUGUACUGCUGGUCGAAUGUCUUGACUGUGCUUGACGUUCAUGAAUCAGAUGUAGACGGCGAACUAUCCAAGGAUCGCCCGCCCGUCCUCGAGUUUCGUCCCAGAAGCCGCUGGCGGGCGAACGAAGCCAUUGUUGCCGUACAGUGGUUGAGUCGUUCUGUUUUGGCUGUGCUGACUAUAACUCAGCAGUUGUUGAUCCUCGAAGACAGGACUCUGCGCGUGACAGACUCUUUUGACCUCCUUCACAAGCAUAUUUACCACACAGAUAUCUUUUCGUCUCACCUUCGUACGUUGGUGGAACAGUAUGAUGAAGAGAAUACGACAAUGCAUGGAGUCGUUGCAGAUGCUUUUUACCAUAGCUUAAAGGCCUACAAAGGUCGCCUGUUCCUGCUAGGCUACAAUGAGCUGUCCGUGGGAAGUCUGUCUAACUGGGCUGAUCGAUUGCUUGCGUACAUGGAGACUGGUGACUUUGUCUCGGCAAUUCGACUAGCGACGUCCUAUUAUCAAGGAGAUGCAGAGAAGCUGACAGUUGGUCUUCCCGAAGAAGACGACUUGCGACAUUCUGUUGUUGAAGAGAAACUACUGGAGAUGGUAUCUGCCUCGCUCAAAUUUGCCUUUGGAAGGAACGAAGAUGCAGGCAUCGAGCGUGUUCAAAAAUCACAAUUGGAGGCUCUUGCUGACGCAAGUAUAUCUGCGUGUGUUUGCAUGGAGAACUUUGAUUACCUCUGGGACGAGGUCUAUGAAUGGUACGAGGGACACGAUUCGCAAGGGAUUUUCUUGGAUGUCCUCGAGCCCUUUUUACGAGAGGAAAAAGUCAGAUCUAUACCCCCGACGGCUCUGAAAGCUCUAAUCAACCACUACUCAGCUACUUAUACUUCGGCUCGUCUGGAGGAGGUGAUUUGCCUUCUUGAUCCUACGACUAUGGACAUUGACCAGGUGACUACGCUAUGUAAACAACAUAACCUGUAUGAUGCCUAUAUCUAUGUUUGGAAUCGUGUGCUAUCGGAUUAUGUCGGACCAUUGGAGGAGCUGUUGGCAUUUGCGACCCGCGUGAUUGAAUCUGCCGCGGAUGUUAAUGGCUCGAAUUUUGAGCCAAUUGAAUAUGAGAAUGCGAUGAAGGUAUUCCCGUAUCUUUCGUUUAUACUCACCGGACGCACAUAUCCCACCGGGGAAGAAAUGAGUGAGGAUCAGGCAGUGAACGCAAAGCGAACAUUAUACACCUACCUUUUCACAGGAACGCAUCUGCCUGGUUCGAAGCAGAAACCAUUCGGUGCGCUUCGCACAGCCCUCAAAUUCGACUCCUCCAGUUUCAUGAGCAUGCUGAAUGAGGCGUUUGAAGAUAGUUUCUUGAAUGACUCGGCUGAUGUCGGGAACGGAGAAUCUGAGCAAGGCUCAGGACUGACCAUUAAUCGCCAAUUCCUCGUUAGCGUUUUGUUAGAUGUUAUGAGCAACAGCGAGUUUGGUCCUCACGAGACCAUCUUUCUCGAUAUGUUCAUCGCGAGAAAUUUGCCAAAGUACCCUCAAUACAUUCUACUUUCGGGCUCCACGUUAUAUCAGGUACUUGAACGACUCUGUCGAUGGCCUACUUCAGAGCUUGCAGAGGACUGUCAACUUAGCGUGGAAUAUUUACUAUCUAUCUACCAUCCGCCUGAUCUUCAGAGUCUGAUACCUCUUUUCAAAGAAGCGGGUUAUUACCGUGUUCUGAAAUCUACCUAUCGCGCAGAGAAACAGUAUGCCGAGCUUAUUGUUACUUACCUUCAGGACACUAGUGAGCGAGAGGACGUCUUUACGUGUAUAUAUGAAUGUCUGCGAUCAAGAAGCGCGCUGAGCGGUAAACAGCGAGAAGAGGUCAUGCAAGUGAUCAAGAGUCGGGCGGGCGAGCUGGCGCUUAUUAACGUCUCGAAAACUGCGCGCACCGUUCAAGAGCUUAUACCUUCAUUGCAUGCGGUUUUCCUGAAGUCGCUGGAGCAAGACGAUUACAAGCAAUACCAUUAUUUGGAGACAUUGCUAGAGCCACAGGAUUCUGAUACUGAUGUGAAGGUCGCCCCUGCAGAGCUAGACAGGUCAAUGGUCGAACUAUAUGUACAAUUACUGUGCCGGUACAAUCGAUCUCAUGUGGCGGAUUAUAUUGACACGCUCCGAGUCAACGAAUUGCGGUUAGACGAAGUUCUACCUGCGAUAGAAGGAAGCGGUGUUGUCGAUGCGGCAGUUGUACUUUUAGCACGACAAGGGCAGGUCCGCAAGGCCAUGGACCGUCUGCUGGCGUACUUGAGCACACUGGAGUCCGGCUUGAUGGGAAUUCUCACCAAUGCAGAGGAAGCACCCGAUGUCGCUGGUACUUUUGAGGCUGUUGGAGACCUUCUCGAGAGCGUGGACAAGUAUUCCGGUGUUGGAAUAUGGUUGUGUCAGGGACAAACAAAGAAUGCGCAAGCGCAACCUCUUCGUAAUGGUCAUGCGGGAAGCAACAAACGCGCUUCUGUUAUGACACUGCAGGAGCCGCUGACAUUCGAGGAGAAUCUCUGGCUGGACUUGAUUGGUGCCGUUGUAGGGAUGGCGAGGAACGUCUCAUCGCUUUUACAAAAGACGUCUACACCCGAGAAACUGAAGUCGUUACUGCUAUCUGAUAAUCAAGAUAAGGCGGCUGAUGGUGACGUGGAGCUGAUCUCCUCAUUCCGGCAAUUAGUCCAAAAAGUCUUUACUGCCCUGCUAACCAGCACGGCAGCUGGAGGACCAUCACCCGGUGAACGAACGGGCGUAUCGUUCCUACGCAUUCUCCGCGCUUUCCUUACCCAAGCGGCAACUACAUCCCCCUCACUAUCCGAACUGCGUUCCGUCCUUGCAUCUAUAUUCUCCGCAUAUACAUAUGAAGAAUCCUUACUAUCUCUGGCAAACGGCAUGCUAGACAAGGAUCUCUUUGUCCAUGUCAACGAGGUGACUAAGCUCCGACAACAUGGCUGGCGUCCUAAAGGACAGGUAUGCGAAAUUUGCCGAAGACGUAUCUGGGGUCCUGGAGCCGGUGCAUCUCAGUGGACAGCAUGGGAAAGAAGGCUAGAUGCCGAAGACCGUCGACGACGAAGUGCGCGACAAGUUGAUAAUGGGGGUGUACUCCUAAAAGGAAAAGGCAAGAAUCGAGACGAAGAUGAUGGAAAUUUGACUAUCACCGGUAGCAGUAGCGGUGGUGACGCCGACGAUGCAUCGCUAAACGACACUACUGAGAACACAGCGGGAUUUGUUGGAUCCGGACCAGUGGUGGUAUUCGCAUGUCGCCAUCUUUAUCAUCGGCCUUGUCUAGUGUCGAAGAUGAGAGAUGAUGGCGAGUCACAGUCACACCAAAAGCAAAUACUUGAUUCUCAUGGACACGAAACGACUCGGGAACUUGUAUGCACGACAUGUACAUGAUGGCCGUACCUUAAUUUCUUUUUCUUUCUUUUAUCUAAUGUUCGCUACUUGAUCGGUAUUUUUGCGUUGGUUGGUUGGCUGUAUGUUAUCUCAUUAACUUACGAUGUAACCUAUCUAGCAUGGAUAUAUUGUGUAUAUAGUUUGCAUCAGGUACUCAUACGGGGUAGUUACCUAGUUACGGUAUAUUUACAAGAUUCCUUUC